GUUUGGGCACCUCAGGGAAGAGUGCCCCUACGAAGACCCUGCUUCAUGGAGGUGUACAAUAGGAAUGAGGUUGAGUCCCUUGAUGAGUGGCUCUGCCUAAAGGUCCAAGACCAGCUGGUUUAGACGGUGGUUUAGACACCCUCCUGAAGAACCCAGGUUGGUGCCUCACCUGUGGAGAGUUCAGGCCCCUGACGGUGUGCUGCCCCCUUCAGGGUGAAUAGGAGUUGCCACCUGCCCGAAAAAGGUAAAGGAGGAGGGGUGGCCACUCCCAGAGGAAGACAAAGAAGGAGCCGAUGCUGUCUCCAGAGCCAGCAAGGGAGAAGCCAUUGCCGUCUCCAGUGCCAAAAGGGGAGGAGCCAUUGCCCUCUCCAAUGCAAAAAGGGGAGGAGCCAUUGCUGUCUCCAGAGCCAGAGGGGAAGGAGCCACUGUCAUGACAACCUCACCAGCCGUUAUACCUGCUUAUGAGGGAAGUAUGGCGAAAACCAGCUGCAUAUCCAGGCAGUGCAGCGCCCGCACAUCCAGAGGGUCCAGCGCCCGCACAUCCAGAUGGUGCAGCGCCCACACAUCCAGAGGGUCCAGCGCCCGCACAUCCAGACGGUACAGCGCCCGCACAUCCAGACGGUGCAGCGCCCGCACAUCCAGAGGGUACAGCGCCCGCACAUCCAGAGGGUCCAGCGCCCGCACAUCCAGAGGGUACAGCGCCCGCACAUCCAGACGGUGCAGCGCCCGCACAUCCAGACGGUGCAGCGCCCACACAUCCAGAGGGUCCAGCGGCCGCACAUCCAGACGGUACAGCGCCCGCACAUCCAGAGGGUACAGCGCCCGCACAUCCAGACGGUGCAGCGCCCGCACAUCCAGAGGGUACAGCGCCCGCACAUCCAGACGGCGCAGCGCCCGCACAUCCAGAGGGUACAGCGCCCGCACAUCCAGACGGCGCAGCGCCCGCACAUCCAGAGGGUCCAGUGCCCGCACAUCCAGAGAGUACGGCGUCGCUAUUGCUAGCGCAGCCCCUGUCGGAGUGCCCAACACCACCUCCCCUGCCAGAGUGCCAGCGCUGCCUCUCCUGACGGAGUGCCCAGCACCGCCAGGCUCAGGGGUUGGAAAGGGGGUUAAACCUGCACUGCCUCACGGAAGCCAAAAGGUCACCAAGGGGGUUAAACGGGCACCACAAAAGAAACCGAGAUGUCACCAAUGGGGUUAA